AUGUCUGUGGACUUCAGCUCUGUGAUAAAUUAUUAUUCCCAUAUACACGGCAUGUGUGUACUCUUUCGUCGUUACAAUGCUAUUAAUCUUUCCGACGUGAGAAAGAUUGUUUAACACACUUAUUAUUUUAAAUUAUUCGUUUAAUAAAUUAAUACAAAGAAAUUGUAUUAUAAACUGUGUUUUAAAAUAAUUCAUAUGAAAUAUUAUUAUUUAGCAUGGAUUAUUACAUUUAGCACGCGAUGAAACGUUAUUGUUAAAGUAUACUCGUCGUAUGCUUGAUUAAUUUUAUUUAAAUUUCAUCAUUUAUUAAUGUCUAUUUUGUUCUUGUUUUUGGUAUUUUGCCUCAAAAUACGCAUUUUAAUUUCUCGUAGCGUUUGUGAUGCUCGUGACUUAUGAUACAGUCAAUCCUUCUAUAACACGGUUUAUUCGUUCCGUGUUUUAUCGAAACUGUGUGACCUACCUAUGUUGUAAGAGGUUUGUCGUAAUUUUUGUACUGUGGAAUGUAAAUGUAAAUGGAAAUCAUGUUUUCAGAAAUGCUCUAAAAGGAUUGAUUGUAUCAUAAACUAAUUUAAUUAAUUGCAAUUUUCACGCCAGAGAUAAAAAUAUACAAGUUCUAACUUACGUUCAUUGUCUUAGAUUGUUAUAAAUUUUCAAAUAUUAUCUUAUUUUCUCCUCUGCACCAACGACCACAUAUCCUUCCAGUUCAUGGUACUAGAACAAUUAAUAGAAAAUGAAUAGAAAAUAUAGAAAUUCUAACUCUCGACCAUUGAAAUGUUUAUAAAAUGUACGUUUUAACAAACGUUACCUCACUUUUUCCUUUAAACAGCAAUAUAUAUUCAUUUUAGCACGCAUCACUAAAAAACGUAACGGACGCAUGAUUACCGCCGAACUGAAACUAAAAAAUGUAGGAUAGAAUAAUGAAACGAUCAAUCGAUAUUUCAGAAUGGUCAGUUCGAUCCGCGACCACAUUAACGGUGUACCAGGAUUUAAACUGGCAGCACUAUCUCAUCACGACGGUAUACAGUAUAAAGUAUACGAGGUUUCGUUUCUAGGAAGAUUCGAAAACAAGAUAUGCAGGAAAAUUCGGUUGGAUUACAGUGAUGAGUUAGAAUUACAAAAAGAAGCAAACGAAGUGGAACAAUUUGCCAUGACUUCCUUAGGAAGACUAAUAUUUGUAGAUAUUCAUUGUAGGCAUCCAAAGUCUUUAUCUUUGGAUAAACCAUCUAUAGAUUCCUUAUCACUUGCUUUUGAAAACCUUUUUUAUAUGCCAUUUGACAUUAUUGAAAAUUAUGGUAAUACUCUACAUACACUAGACAUUAGUCAUAAUAAAUUUAGUAGAAAUUUACAAUUUUUGGCUGAAUUUGAAAACUUAACAUCUUUAAACCUAGACCAUAAUAACAUAGAUGACCAUACAGUGUUUCCACAUAUGCCAAAACUUCAACUUCUGUGGUUAAAUCAUAAUAAUAUAGAAGAAUUAUAUCCAUUUAUUAAGACUCUCCAUGAGAGCUUACCUAACCUCAGAUAUUUGUGCCUUAUGGGAAACAAGGCAGCACCAAGUUAUUUAAAUGGUGGUACCUUUUAUGACUAUCUUCAAUACAGGUUAUACGUCAUAUCUUGGUUUCCUUAUUUGGUACAUCUGGAUGAUAGAACUGUGACUCCAGAACAACGCCAGGAAGCAAAACGGCUUUUCAAGCGACCACUUUUAGAAAAUAUAACUGAAUAUGCUCCUCUUCCAGAAUGCAUUAAACAUCUGCAUCACAAAAUUGCAAAUAUGUUUUUAAAACCAACACUGCCUUAUAGGUUAAAAUCUAGAGGAACGAACUUUAUUGUUUAAGACAGUAUUAUACUAGUGAAUAUAAUCUUGCUUGAAAGCUGUUCACUUUUGUUACGAUAAAAAAAUAUUUUUAGAACGAUAUAUACUUUUUGUUUAUUCACAGAAACAAACACACAGAAGCAACCACAUGGGGCAGUAACAAAACAGAUAUAUUGUAUAAUUUAACAAAUUAUAUACAGAAUUAUAUUAUCAUAUUAAUUUUUUUUAUACUUUGAACAUAAUAAUUUUACAGUACAAUUUUAUAAUACACGGUCAUUUUUAUUAAUUAAUAGAACUGAAUUACAAUUCAGCAUGUAACAUUGUUAAUUUUGCAAUAAUUUUUUAUAAAUAUUAUAUGUUAUAUAUUUGUAAUAAUGCAUAUACUUGUAUGUAUUUAUUCAGAAAUAUUUUGUACUAAUGGCGAUAAUGAAUAAAAAUAAAUGAUUUUUUAAUUAAUAGUUUUACAUUUAUCCCAGUUUUUUAUUUUUAAAAAUAAUUUCUUGAUUUUUUUAACAAUUUAAUUUGUUUCGUACUUAAUAUCUUUAUUUCAUCUUUAUUUUAUUUUUUGAAACUUCAGUUUCAGAUAUUAAUAUUACAAUAUUGAUAUUGUCUUAAUUUAUUAUUUUUAUGAUAAUACGGAAUAGUGUAUUUACGUAAACUUAAACCUUGUUUUUACAUUUAUCGUAGACGUAAACAAUUCUUUUCUCAUCGAAAAAUGAUUAGAAUAUCGGAGGAACAACAAAUCUUUUCUACACAAUUUUGGAUCGCUUUAUUUGGAAAAAAAGAAUUCUAAAAUUGAUUCUUAAAUUUAUUAAAAUUACAUUUUAAUAAAUACAAAAGUCUCUGUGAGACUUUACUAUUUCCAAUUUUUAAAAAUAUAUUGAUAAAACGUUUCAAACUUCUGAUACAAAUCUACAAUAUCUUGUAUUUUAUCGUAUAAUAUAAUUAAUAUUAUGAUUAAACAAGUGCAAACAAUAUUAUCAGAUAUUCCACUUUUCAAACAUUGUAUUAUUUCGAUUAAAAUUUUAAUUUCACAAAGCUUUUUUGAUGAUGAAAGAUUUCCACUGAUUUCCGAUAUACUUCUCAAUUGAUUUCCUUAUCUGUGAAAUCAUUUGUAAGUGACGAUAUCGAAUUAAGUUUUCAUUAUAUUUGAUAAAUAAGUGAAAAAAUAAAUAUAAGUACUAAUAGUAAUAAUAAUAAACAAGAGAAAGUAAUAAUAAGAUAGUAGAAAUUGACGAAUUCUAAUAAUUUUAAAUAUUAUUUAUUUCUAACGUUAUACAAAGUUUUACAUUUUACUCGAAAUGAUAUUUCUAUAGGAAUUUUGUUUAGAAUUUGUUGAUUACUUGAACCGAAAGUUUGAGAUUGAUUCGAUAUUCAUUCCUUAAUAGGAAACGUUAUUCAGACAGUCGUAAACAUAUGUAAGAUAAGAAAGUUUAUUGAACGUGUUGGAAUAAGUCGUAAAUUCCAUUUUAUGCUAGAAUAUAUUGCAAAUAAACGGUGGCUUGAUAAAGCACAUAGUAAUAUCAUGUGGCAAAUUAAAGUAUUGUAACUUCAAUAAAUCACGGAAUGUUUCUCCUCUUCCCUUAUGAUGUCUCGAAUAAUGAUAUGAGCGUCAUUCUAAGACGUUUCGAUAAUAUAUGAAGUUGUAGUUAUUAUUUACAACAAAUAGUAUAUAAUGUUGUAAUUAUUAUUAUAUUCUACAUCAUCAUUUACGACGAUGCAUAGAAAUUACAUCCAAAUUUACCACAAAAUUUAUAAAUAAAUAAAAGAUAAAGUACAUUAAUAUUGUAAUAUCGUAUUGAAAUUUCAAAUAUUCUUAAACAGUUUUAAAUAUAUUCAGUUUAAUUGUUUAACAAUUAUUUUUUUUUAAAAAAGAAAAAGUAUUUGAAAUAUAUCUCGAACUAUAUCAAGUCUUUUUUCGUCAAAAGCUGUUUUCAUCUUAAGUUUAAUCUCUUAUCUAUCGUCGAUACCGAUAUUUGUAUGAUAUCGUAAAUUGUUUCAGCGUUUACGAACGGGAACCAUUGGUAUUACAAGAUAUGUCGGUUCAUUAUUUGCAAACGUUAUUAGAAAACGUCAAUCUCACGAAGAUUACAAACAAGGUAAGAUCACGCAUGUUUUUUCCUCUUAAGUGUACUGUCUAUCGUAUCUAAAUGAUUCAAGUUUAAUCAGUUUUGUUCUUUUAAAUUUAAUUAGGAAGUUAUGCAAAAUGAAUUUUUGUUCAAUUUAAAAAAAUAUUGAAAUUCGCACACCGUUUUCUAUAGUAACAUAUAAUAUUCAUAGAUAAAAGUAUUAUACAUUGUAUACUUGCAUUGUAUUUUUUUCAUUUGUAAAUCGUCCAUUAUUUUAAGUUUUUGAUUCAGGAGAGCUUUGAAAAUAGAUAACAUUAGAAUUCCAGUUGAAUAAUCUAUUUUAUUAACAACAUCAUGUAAAGCAACAAUUGUAUAUUUAGAUAAACUUUUACAAUUGUACACCAGACCUGGGCAUUUUGAGAAGUUAUCAAUUACCAUUAUUUUAAAAUUAUUUCUUCUAGUUAUUUGUAAAGGAAGACAAAGAUUAAAUUAAUUUAUUCCCAAUUAAUUGAAAUUGUAUUUGUGAAAAGCUAUGGACAAAUGUGUGAAAUCGAUAUCGCUCAAUUUUUCGACGACGAGAGACGAAACUUGAAAGCAUUUAUAUAAAUAUGAUACUUCUGUGUCCUCGACAUCGUUAGAAAGUAUUUUUAUUUAACUGAUAUUCCUAAACGUCAAUUUUAUCUUUUAAAUUACAAAUUUCUAUCUUCUUUCUAAAUUUGCUACUUAUAUUUUCAAUCAUUUAUUACUUUCUCAAUUACAAUAAUUAAUUUAUUAUUUAUAAAAAAAAUAAUUCAUAUUGUUUGAAGUAUUUAUUUAAAAUUUACUAUUGUUCGGACAGGUCUAACAUUUCGCUUAGAUCUGCUUUAGAUCAAUAAUUAUCAGAAUUGUGUUUAAUAAAUUGAUAUUUGGCAUCACUUGAUAUGUGGUAAUGGCGAUUCUAUGGACGGAAGAAUUGAUUUUUAUCUCUUAAAAAAUGUAGAUUCCUCAUGGUCCCCUAGUUCCGGAGCAUAAUCUUUCCAUAGUGAAAGAUUUACGGAUGGAAUGUUGUCGCAGCUCAUAA